GGUAGAACAAACAUACUGUUGCACUUUGGAGUGCUGGCUCAGGUUAUUUAGCCUCUGACCGAAGCGUGGAAUAAAUUUGCUCUCCGCAGGCAUGGCUACAAUCUCUGUUCUUUUCGUCUUUUGGGUUUUGCUACAGCAAAAGCUGCAGAUCUCUGCAGGGCCAGUGUUUCUGGAUAAGUGGGAGGCAGACAUUGUUUUACAGAGGUACAGGCGUGCAAACACAGGUGCCUUUGAGGAGCUUUUCAGAGGGAAUUUGGAAAGAGAGUGCAUGGAGGAGAGGUGCAGUGUGGAGGAGGCCAGAGAAGCCUUCGAAAAUGAUGAGAAAACAAUGGAGUUUUGGUCAAGUUAUGCUUAUGGGAAUCAGUGUAAAGCAGCACCAUGUAAAAACCAGGGCACAUGUGAGCUCCAAAAGAGCACAUACAUAUGCCAUUGCCGACCAGGUUUCACUGGACAGAACUGUGAAAUAGUGACUGCCAGGCACUGUGAUGUUAACAAUGGAGGCUGCAUGCAUUUCUGUUCCACAUUGGAGCCUCAUGGUGCAGUGUGCUCCUGCGCUACUGGGUACAAACUGGUGGAGGAGGUCAAAUGUGUGCCUGAAGUGAAGUUCCCCUGUGGUGUAAGAAAAAUGAGCACAAGGAUCUUUGUGAGGUCUUUAGACUCCAAACUGGCUAACAGAACAGAACCUGACAGUAGUGUUACACACCAAAAAGUUCCCACCACCAACCAAACCAUAAGCCAAAAGAAGGGCAAAAUCACACCUUCUCGUUCAAAACUACCCACGUGGGUCCACAACACCACAGAUUGGGUCAACAAUAGGACUCGCAUCAUAGGUGGACAAUCGGCAUCGCCUGGAGACAUUCCUUGGCAGGUGGCAUUGGUGAUACACUCGACACAGCAGGUGUUCUGUGGAGGUUCUAUUCUGAGUGAGCGGUGGGUCAUAACUGCAGCACACUGUAUAGAAGAGAGCAAGCAGAGACCGUUCUUCAUCAGAGUAGGUGAGCACAAUGUCAACAAGAAAGAGGGCACAGAGCAGGAUCUAGAGGUGGAGAAGGCCAUAAUGCACCCUAGCUAUGACCCAUCCACCAGCCUAUACAACCAUGACAUUGCUCUUGUGCGUCUCCGCAGCUCCAUCCUUUUCACUGACCAUGUGCGGUCCAUCUGCCUCGGGCCCAGCAGCUUUAGCGAGACCCUGCUACAAUCUGGUACACUGGCCACCAUUAGUGGUUGGGGCCGGCUGCUCUUUCACGGGCGAGCUGCAGAGACACUUCAGAUAGCUGAAGUGCCCUAUGUGGAUAGGAGCGAUUGUAAGGAGAGCAGCAGUGAGCGGAUCACACACUACAUGUUCUGCGCUGGCUAUCAGGACGCAUCAAAGGACGCAUGUCACGGGGACAGUGGGGGACCGCAUGCCAACCAGUAUCAAGGAACUUGGUUCCUUACUGGCAUUGUUAGCUGGGGGGAGGAAUGUGCUAAGAAGGGAAAGUAUGGCGUAUACACACGGGUAGGCAACUACUACAAAUGGAUACAGUAUGUUAUGGGGAUCACCAAAAAGAUGCCAAAAAAUAAUGUUGAGUUUUAAAUUGAAGAUUUUUGUCUCUCAGGACUGAUUAUUAUUAUUUUAAGAUUUGGAUUUUUUUCUUCUUUACUGAGCAGUAAUUUCAAGAUGUUUAUCCAUAAGAGAUAACUAUUGAUUGAGCAUCUAGCUCAAUGUAGCUAUUAAGUGUUAGAUUCUUUUGUUGACUGUGUCAAAGAGACAAACACACAUACAUUUCUAUACAAUGCAUCUAUCGUCUUUAGAUCUAAAUGCCGAAGAGACCAUACUCUCAAAAUGUACAGUUCAUGUUAUACUUCUUAAAGGAGUUUUGUUGGAGCUGUUGACAACUUCUAAAUAUGAAUGGUUUCUUAAAUUAAUUGCAGAUUUAGGACUACUGCCAGCAUUUAUGACAAUGUUUAAUAAAGGGAAAAUAAUUAAUUUAAAAAAUUAUUACUCAUUCUUUCCUGUGAUGCAGACUGAUACAUAGCUUGUACAUACAGCUAUAUUUCCACUACCUGAUCACCAAAAAAAUUGUUUCAAAUAGGGCAAUGUUAAAUUAAAGUGUAAAUGGGAUUGAUUUUCAUAUGUGAAAAGAACAAAAAUGAAAU